ACUGUCUUUCGUCCACCACCAUGAUCCUCCCCUUCAUCCUCCCCUUCUUCUUCUUCCUCUUCUCUUCCCACUUAGACACGGUGGUUUCCACCCAUUGCACCACCGUCACUGCCAUCAAGACCUUCCAAAAAUGCAUCACUCUCCCCACCCAACAAGCCUCUAUAGCAUGGACCUUCCAUCCCCACAAUGCCACAUUAGACCUUUGCUUCUUUGGCACAUUCAUUUCUCCCUCGGGUUGGGUCGGAUGGGGUAUCAAUCCAGCCUCCCCAGAAAUGACCGGAACUCGUGCACUUGUUGCCUUCCCAGACCCUAACUCCGGCCAAUUGGUCUUGCUUCCAUACAUUCUAGACCCAACUGUCAAGCUCCAAAAAUCUCCUCUCCUCUCCCGCCCCCUUGAUAUCCAUUUAAUUUCUUCCUCCGCCACCUUGUAUGGCGGUAAAAUGGCUACAAUUCACAACGGCGCCACCGUUCAAAUUUAUGCCACGUUAAAGCUCAUACCCAACAAGACCCGCAUCCACCACGUGUGGAACCGCGGACUUUACGUCCAAGGUUACUCCCCCACCAUCCACCCCACCACCUCCAACGACCUCUCCUCCAUCACCACGUUUGACGUUCUUUCAGGCUCCGCCGCAGCCCAGCACAGCAACGCCAGAUCACUCAAAAUCGUUCACGGCAUUCUAAACGCCUUCUCCUGGGGAAUCUUACUCCCAAUCGGUGCCGUCACCGCGCGCUACCUCCGCCAUGUGCAAUCCCUAGGACCCACAUGGUUCUACAUUCAUUCCGGAAUUCAAUUAUCCGCAUUCUUCCUCGGGACCGUGGGGUUCGCAAUCGGAAUCAGACUGGGUGAGCUCUCCCCUGGCGUCGUGUACGGACUCCACAGAAAGCUCGGGUUUGCAGCGUUCUGUUUGGGGGCACUUCAGACCCUGGCCCUGCUUUUCCGACCAAAGACGACGAACAAAUUCCGGAAAUACUGGAAAUCGUAUCACCAUUUUGUUGGGUACUCCUGCGUAGUGCUUGGCGUCGUGAAUGUCUUUCAAGGGUUUGAAGUAAUCGGGGAAGGGAGAUCAUUAGCGAAGUUGGGGUAUUGUCUGUGCCUGUCGACGUUGAUCGGAAUCUGUAUAGCGAUGGAAGUGAAUUCGUGGGUGAUUUUCUGUAGAAAAUCGAAGGAGGAGAAGCUGCGGAGGGAGGGUUUGAUUGGAGGGUCCGAGAAAGGAAGUGGAAUUCAUUCCAUUGUUGAGUAAUUUUGCAACUGAGUAUCCUUUCUGGCAGUUCCACACACCGAUCUGCACAAUAUAUUUUUAAUUUUUAAAAUUUAAAUUAAGGGUUUAAAAUUUUUGGAAUCUACAAAUAGCAAAUAAUCCUUUUGAUAUUUGCUGUAGGUUGAACUUCUAUUACUAGUAACAAUCUUUGUUGUUUGAACCGAAAUCCCAGAACUGUAUGGAGAAACAUCUUUUCAAUUUGUAGUUAGGAAACUCCAAAAAGUGUUUUACUAAAUAUAUUUAAUGAAAUGUUUUUUUAAAAUUAUUUUACUAAUAAUAUUUAAUAAUUUGGGGACUCAAAUUGUAAUUUUAUUUUUCAGUUUCAUCCGAAAAACAUAAAUCUCAAAUUUAAUUUCAAACUAUUGCAGUUUUCUAUCUGAAAAUUGCAGAGAAUUAGAUUUUUAAAAUAAUUAAGAAAAAGAAAAUGGCAGAAUUAGUUGAAGAGAAAGAACAUCAAAACAGGGUGGAAACAUGGAAGACACUUUGUGGGCUUGGUUAGCUGGUUUAGGUAGUUUUUUCGGCCUCUAGCUUUAGAAAAUGAAGUCCUUGGAUUUUACAGGUUGUUGGGCUACAUUUAAGUUGGUAUAACACAUUCACUUUUAGUAAAUGAUAGGCUAAGGUCUUUUAUGGGUGUUUGCCUUUCCGUAUUAGAAAUGGGUCCGAAACCAAUUCCAGCCUGAAAAGUAAGGAUGACAAUUUUUCCCCUUUUUUGGUAGGGCUUCAGAGGGAUCCUGUUGUGGGAAUAAGGGCUUUUUUUUUUU